AUGCGCAGUUCAUUUUGAAAAUGGCGGCCGUACAGGGAGGUCUAGUCGACACGAAAGAUGAAGUGGAUGUUAAAACAGAACCAGCGAGCGAUGGCUUCGGAAAUAACACCGCCAACGACAGCAGGCUGCUUUCUGCACCCCCGGGCUCCAGCACCGCGGUUGGGAACAACAAACCUGCGGCGGGGACCCCCGAGGAGCAGCAGACGCUGCUGGCGGUCCUGCAGUUCCUCAAAAAGAACAAGCUGUCAGAGUCCGCAGAAAUUUUGCGCCGUGAAGCGGGCUUACCGGAGGAUGCUCUGGACCUGAAAGGCACGGACGCCAGCGGGUCGGGACAGGGAGGCGCUGCGGGAAGUGUGGACACGGAAGGCGGGAAUGCGAACGCUCUUCUCAGCCGGGUGACCGUCUCUGCCUCCGCCGGAGUUCAGGCACCAACCAAGGCAGUCGGAGAGGAUCAGCCAGAUGUCAGCGUGGUGCUGUCAGCCUACAGCCAGCAGGGAGAUCCAGCUCUGUAUGAUGUUUACUACAGCAGCCUGAAGAAGUUCAUUGAAUCAGUUUUGGACUGCCACCGAGCAGAACUGUCUCAGGUCUUCUACCCGCUGUUUGUCCACAUGUACCUGGAGCUGGUGUACAACAAUCAUGAAAGUGAGGCCAAGGCCUUUUAUGAAAAGUUCAGUGGGGACCAGGAGUGCUACUAUGAGGACGACCUGCGUGUUUUAUCCAGCCUAACAAAGAAGGAGCACAUGAGAGGCAACGAGACCCUGCUGGACUUCCGCACCAGCAAGUUUGUCCUACGCAUCUCCCGCGACUCCUACCAGCUGCUGAAGAGACACCUGCAGGAGCGGCAGAACAAUCAGAUAUGGAACAUCAUCCAGGAGCACCUCUACAUCGACAUCUUCGAUGGGAUGCCGCGCAGCAAGAGCCAGAUCGAUGCCAUGUCGGGCAGCUUGGCCGGAGAGGCCAGGCGGGAAGCUAAUAAGGCUAAGGUUUACUAUGGCCUGCUAAAGGAGCCAGAAAUCGAGCUGCCUCUUGAUGAUGAGGAUGAGGAGGCAGAGAAUGAGGAGGGUAAACCCAAGAAGAAAAAGCCCAAAAAAGACAACGUAGGCUCCAAAAGCAAAAAGCAGGAUCCAAAUGCUCCUUCGCAGACUAGGAUACCUCUGCCGGAGCUCAAAGACUCUGACAAGCUGGACAAGAUCAUGUACAUGAAGGAGGCCACCAAAAAGAUUCGCUUAGGACCAGAUCUCCUCCCUUCCAUCUGCUUCUACACUUUUCUCAAUGCAUACCAGGGUCUGACUGCAGUGGACUUCACAGACGAUUCCAGCCUGAUCGCCGGUGGCUUCGCUGACUCCACAGUCAGGGUGUGGAGCGUCACGCCCAAAAAGCUCCGUAAAGUGAAAACAGCCGCAGACUUGAACCUGAUUGACAAAGAGUCAGAUGAUGUUUUAGAGAGGAUUAUGGAUGAGAAGACGGCCAGUGAGUCAAAGAUUCUUUAUGGACACAGUGGGCCGGUGUAUGGCAUCAGCUUCAGCCCGGACAGAAAUUACCUUUUGUCGAGUUCUGAGGAUGCUACCAUCCGGUUGUGGAGUCUCCAAACGUUUACUUGUCUGGUGGGCUACAAAGGUCACAAUUACCCRGUGUGGGACACGCAGUUUUCACCUCACGGUUAUUAUUUUGUCUCGGGGGGACACGACCGGGUUGCCCGCCUUUGGGCGACAGAUCAUUACCAGCCGCUGCGAAUAUUUGCAGGCCACCUGGCUGACAUCACCUGUACCCGCUUCCACCCGAACUCAAAUUACGUCGCCACGGGGUCGUCUGACCGCACCAUCCGCCUCUGGGACGUCCUGACUGGAAACUGUGUUCGCAUCUUCACUGGUCAUAAGGGUCCGAUUCAUGCCAUUACUUUCUCUCCCAAUGGGAAGUUCUUGGCCUCCGGAGCCACAGACGGAAGAGUUCUUCUGUGGGACAUCGGUCAUGGAUUGAUGGUUGGSGAGCUGAAGGGUCACACAGAUACCAUCUAUUCCCUCAGAUUUAGCAGAGACGGAGAGAUUCUUGCAUCUGGUUCUAUGGACAACACGGUUCGCCUGUGGGAUGCCAUGAAAGCAUUUGAUGAUUUAGAGACUGAUGAUUUCACAGCAGCUACAGGACACAUCCAUCUACAAGACAACUCGCAGGAGCUUUUGCUUGGCACGUACACAUCUAAAUCAACGCCGGUGGUACACCUACACUUCACACGGAGGAACCUGCUUCUGGCUGCAGGAGCGUACAAUCCAUGAAAUGAACUGAAGAAUUGGUUGGCGCUUGAAAUAGCAGAUACAUUAUAAAUUCAUUGGGCAAACAUUUGACUGAAUGAGGGGAAAUAAGGUUACCAAAUUGUCCCCACUUUAAAAUCAGUUCUCCAUAUUAAGCUUAUUUGUAAUGUUUGGAUGGUUUUUAUAAAUCACUUUAUACAUUGAUAACAUCUCUGUAAUAUAGUCUUUUAUACUGAUACACAAUGUAAAUAAAUCAAAGUGUUUUCUGGG